CCUUGGCGGAGGUCUGUGCUCUCCGAGUGCACUAGUUUCACAUGAUUUUCCAUCCUUAAUGAAUUUUUGCAGGUUAUAACGCUUUCAGAUUUAGAGUGCGAUUAUCUAAAUGCGAAGGACUGUUGCAGCAAGCUGAACUGGUGGAUGGGACCAGAGCUGGUAGCACAUGGACUGCUCACCAUCAUCCUGCUACCUACAUGGCAUCCAAUACUAUUUCUGAUUAAUCUCCCAGUAUUGGCAUGUCAUUGCUACAGGUUUUGGUUCAUACCAAGAGGACACCUAGGUCAAUAUGAUCCUGCCGAGAUUCAUAACCAUGGCGACCUGUCUCGGCACAUGAAAGAAAGCAUGGCCAAGCUCUCAUUCCACCUAAUCAUCUUCUUUAUAUACUUAUACUGCAUGAUACUAACAUUGCUGAAGAAGGGCUCUUGAGGAACAGCCUAUAUCUACAUAAUCAUAGAGCGCAAGUCCUUGAUGAUUGCAUAAAAGGCAUAUAAAUGGUUUGCUACUACUAUUGUGCUGUAUCUGCUUGCUAGCAUUCUUUGUUGUUGUUAUUGUUGACAGUGAUGAUGAUGAUGAUGGUGGUGGUGGUAGAGCUGAUGAUGAUGAUGAUGAUGAU